GGACCAAUGAACAUUUCAUUGCAUAAUAUUUCAUCAUCACCAACAACGUAUCGAUCCAUGUCACAAAUAUCCGAUAAUCUGCUCCAGAAUGGCACCCUUACAUCAUCACAACUACCGACAACAACAACAACUUUGAAUCAGACAUUGAAUUCAUUAGUAAAAGAACAAAAUACUGGUUGUAGUCGUACGAAUCGUAUGGCAUGUUCUGAUUGGAAAAUGAUACAACAAAUAGAACAACAUGUAUUCACAUCAUUUGUUACAAUUUAUAUAUUGGCACAUGCAAUUUUUAUAUUUUGGCUUUAUUUCGAU